UUUUGUAAGCUUUCACUUUCAAAUGGUGGAAGGAGUCAGCGCAGGAUUCUUCUAACUGGGAGUGCUGAGUGCCCCAGUUCCCUGGUUCAGCUGAGACCUCUGCAACCUGUGCCAGGCUGUGCUUCUCCAUUCUCCUGGAACCAGCUGCCUCUCAGACAAGAGGAGCCUGUGGCACCUGGAGCAGGAGCAGGCUUUGGGGCUUGAGCAGUGAACUGCAUGUGCAAUCUCUGAGAGCAGAUUUGGGGCUGGCUGAGGUCUCACAGUACUGAGUUAGAGACGCUCCAGAAGCCCCAGGUUUUCAAGCAGCUCUGAGGAAAUGGAGGGUUGCUUCAGGGACUCCUUGCUUGCCCAUCUCCCCUCCCUGCUUCCCCUCUUGCAGCUGCCUGCUCAGGGCUCUGCAGAGGAGUUUAUGGUGAUUGGCCCCUCCAAACCCAUUGUGGCAGUGCUGGGUGCAGACGUCAUGCUGCCAUGUCUUGUGUCCCCGGCCAUGGAUGUGGAGAAUAUGGAGCUGCGGUGGUUCCACUCCAAGUUCUCAGAAGCAGUGUUCAUCUAUCAAAACCAGCGGGAGCAGAGAGAAGAGCAGUUGGCUCAGUACAGAGGGCGAACCUCACUGGUGAAGGAUUUCCUCUUCCAGGGGGAGGCUGCAGUGCGCAUCCACAACGUCCAGGCUUUUGACAAUGGGCUGUAUACCUGCUUCUUCCGAAUGGGAAUCUUCCAUGAAGAGGCCAGUGUGGAACUCAAGGUGGCAGGUGUGGGCUCUGCCCCUCAAGUGCACAUCACAGGGCCAGAGGAGGACGGGGUCCGAGUUGUGUGCAUGGCCUCAGGGUGGUUCCCAAAGCCCCAAGUGCAGUGGAGAGCUCUCAGUGGAGAGAAGUUCCUGAUGUUCUCUGAGACCCAAGCCCAAGACGGUGAAGGGCUGUUCACCAUAGAGACCACUCUGGUGAUGAGGGACAGCUCUUCAGGGAAUGUGACCUGCUCAGUCCUCAACCCCAUCCUGAGCCAGGAGAAGGCAAUGGCCAUUUUCAUCCCAGAACCCUUCUUCCCUCAGAGUUCUCCCUGGAAGCCAGUUUUCAUGGUGAUCCUGACUGUUCUGAUGCUCCCAAUCCUUGGGGAUGCCUUUUACAUCAUGAGAGAACAUACUUCAAAGCUCCAGGAGACACAGGAAUGGAAGAAAUUGCACAGAGACAAGGAGGAGAUCCAGCAGAUAAAGGAGGAGGCACUGAAGGCCAGAGAUGAACUCCAAGCAGAUCUUGAUUGGAGGAAAUCUGUUUACCUGGUUGCCUUGAAGAAGGCUAAACUGUAUGCAGAUUGGCGGAAGGAGAAGUUUCAGGCCUGGUCUGUCAGUCUGGAUCCAGAGUCUGCCCAUUCCAGCCUUGAUGUCUCUGAUGACAAGACUACUAUGACCUUGAAGGACUCAACCAAAUACACAGAAUUUGGGUUCUAUAGCAUCUUGGGUCAUGAAGGCAUCACAUCAGGGUGCUGUUACUGGGAGGUGGAGAUCAGGAAUGCAGAUAAAAGUGAGUGGGCCCUGGGGGUCUGUAGGAGAGAUGUGGAGAGGAAAGGCUGGUACCGGGAAUGCCCAGGAAAGGGGUUCUGGGUUGUGGGGAUGUAUGGAUAUACAUUCUCUUCCCUCCCCGAUAAUUCAGAACUCCUUGUGCCAGUUUCCCAGAGGGUAGGGGUUUUCCUGGACCUGAAGGAAGGGGAUGUCUCAUUCUACAACAUGACUGAUGGUUCCCACAUUUUCUCCUUCCCUCUUGCUUCCUCCUCUGGGACUCUGUUUCCAUACUUCAGGUUGAGGUCAGGAGAUGUGUCCCUGACCAUCUGCUCUGGGGUGGGUGGGCCUGUGCAGACCUCUGUACUGUUAACAACCCUCCUUGUUCUUCAGAGGAUCCUGCGAGCCUCUCAAGACAGGGGUUCAGUUCAGGCUGUGGUGUUGAUGGUGAUCUCCCAGAGGCUGAAUCUCCAUUACUCCCCUGUGGUCCUGAAGCUAUGUCCCCAUAAUGCUUCAACCCUGUCCCAGAUUCCUCAUUGUGGCUCCUCCUGGAGCUGCGCAUUCCCAGGGGUAAUAGCCUUUGAAGUUAGUCCUGAAUGACCGGGUGGCUUGCCCUUCUUUUCUGGAUAUAGACUGCUGGGGUGAGUUUAUGAGAAUAGUUGGUUCAUGUCUUAUGCUCAGGUAUUGGAAGAUAAAUAUUGACUUUUUCAGCUGUAAUGGGGUUGGCUGAAUUUUGCUAUUGGAAGUCAUGUUUCUUUUGAUCAUGAACAUUAUUUCAUGGAGUCUUUGUAUUGUUUUAUUAUGAAAUAAGAUGUCUGAAUUAUUCUGAAAAAUUAAAUGGUGUUUAUUUUAUAUGGUUUGAGUUGUGCAGAUCAACCCAGAGGCUACAUUGGGUUACCAGCUCUAUUUUAGGAAAUGUGCACUCUGACUAAAAAAUGACUGACUAAGAAAUGUAUGGCUAAUGGACUUGAAGAAGAUUGGAGUGUAAUAUUCUAUUGUAUGUGCUUCCUAUUCUGGAAUACUUAUCUUAAUGAACCUUAGUAAAUAUCUGUUAUUUCUUAAACACUGGUGCUGCAUUAAUUCAGGGAAUGGGAAAUGAGAGUUUGGGUUUCCUUGUGAGUCAACAGCAGUUGGAGAGAACAGAACUGCUACUAGAAUAAAGAGGUAAAUGAAGAUGAGUGUUUUCAGACCCUGGAUGAAUUGCAGAAAGCUUUGUCCAUGAGCACAGUUCCAGAAUCUAUGUACGGCUUCUCAGUACUUCUAGUCCAAUUGCAAAGGUGGAUAUAACCCACAGGAAACACAAGGAAGCCAGACUGCUGAGGACUCAGACCUUAAUGAAGAAAGUUUUGUUGGCUCCUGAACUAGAACACUGACCUGUUGUGGUUCUGGGAGAGAUGAGGAAGACACUGAAUUGGAAGUGGGAGCAGGAGGUCACAGAUCUCAGUUCCUGCCUGUGACCAAAAAUAGGAAAAGGACUGGAGUCAGGGUCGCAUAUUUCUUUCUUGUCAUGUAGAUGUGUCCUUUGUAUUAAUUAUCUAUUUUCCUUCUCCCUUCUUACCAGUGUGAUUUUAUGCAAGUUGUCCCUGGUAAUAUUUCAAAUAUAAUUUCUAGGUAACAGAUUAGUCAAAUGAGUGUGGCUGGAUUAAGGAAUAAAUAUAACUGAUUCAA